CCGCACCGUUGCCAUGGUGAAGAAUAUGACAACUGCUGUUGAUAGCGCGGCGUCAUCCAUCUGCGUGGGCAAAAUCCCCAAUUGAUAAACAAGACAAAUACGAAGCUUCUGAUGUGCGAAAGGCCUUCGAAGAUAGCUGGGCCAAUCCCCCCGGAUCCCUCUGUCUUCCCGGAGUACUACCACCGACCUGUCUCCGCCCGUGGCCGUUUAGAGGGAAACUCUGAUGGAACGUUGGGCCUGCUGUCAGGGCCGCUCGCCCCAGACCCCGUGUUGUAUCCUGGGUGCUACAGUGCUCGUACCCGUCCCCCUCCUCCCCGCAUCGGUCCCGAUGCAACUCACAUCCUGGAACGGGGACAGAGAGGGGUAAUGGGGGAACUCCUCAAACUAGAUGGGAUCUCCAUCACUGCUAAUCCCCCUAAACAAAAGAAGCUGGUGCACGACCACGGUAAAGAGAAUGUGCGUCGGCUCAGGGAGAUCCAGAGGCGUUGCAAAGAGCAGGAGGCUGAGAGAGCCAUGUCCCGCUCUGUUCCAGUUAAAGCUCUCUGGACCUCCUCUAAAUACCAUGAUGUCCCAUCCAGGGUUAUGGCACAGCUACAGGAGGCUAGCCCAGCUGUUAAACCACAGUGUCAAAACUUUCUGAGGGCCCACUCUUGCCAUGGCUCUGGUGGCCCCCGCAGACCUCAUGACAAUCCUUCUCCCUCUGCUUUGCGGCGGCCGGCCUCCUGCUCUUCUAUACGGGACCAAAAUCUGCAAUUGCAGAUUCAAGGCAAGACCGUGGACUUUAUAAAGCAUAAUGCCCGGGCCGCAUCAAAGACCACACUGCGUCGCUCCCAGUCACUUACAAACCUCAAAGACAAGCCUGUGCCCAGUGCAGUCAAGGGACAGGUGCCACAGUAUCUUCAGGAGAGGAAAGAACAGUGGCGUAAGGAGGAAGAGGAGAGGAAAAGGAAUAUACCUGAUCCGAGCAUCCCACCGGGCCACACCCUGAUGUCAGAGAAGGACAGACAGGACACGCUGCAGUCUCUCAAAGAGGCCCAUAAGGUCCUGGUGGCUGAGCUCCUGUCUCUCCCGGUCAGAUCGGACACUCUGAGCGUUCGUUCACGUCGCGCUCAUCUCGACUGCAGGCUGUCUGAAAUGGAGGAGGCCAUCAAGAUCUUCUCCAGGGACAAAGUAUAUAUCAAAACAAAUUCUUAGCACAGACAGCCCUGGUUCUGUGUGGAACCACCAGCUGAAUCAACAUAGCUUUUGGUUUUAUAUAACAUCACCUUGAAACUUGUAACAUAGCUUACAGAAUAAUAAUAUCAGAAUGUAGUGUCAUUUUUUAAACU